CUAGCAGAAACAACCGUUCCCUGUUUUAUCCUGUCCCUGAAGGCAGCACGACAGGAGCGAAGAUGGCGUGCUGUGGGAACUGUUUUUGUUGUCAAUGUUGCUGCAGAGAAGGAGAGAGCCGGACACCGGAGGAGCUGACAAUCCUUGGCGAAAUCAGAGAGGAAGAAGAUGAAAUAUUACCCAGAAAAGACUAUGAGAGUCUGGAUUAUGAUCGCUGCAUCAGUGAGCCCUAUUUGGAGGUUUUGGAGUCGAUGGACAGCAAAAAAGCUAAAAAGUACGAGGCGGUGCGGUGGGUGAUGGUGUUCGCCAUCGGGGUCACUGUUGGUCUGGUGGGAUUGUUUGUGGAUUUCUUUGUUCGCCUCUUCACCAAAAUCAAAUUCACUGUGGUUGGUGACUCUAUAGAACGCUGCAGCGACAAAGGUUGUCUCUCUCUGUCUCUGCUGGAGCUCCUGGCCUUCAACAUGACCUUCGCCUUCAUUGCCAGUGUGCUCGUCCUCAUCGAGCCCGUCGCCGCAGGUUCGGGGAUCCCAGAAAUCAAAAGUUACCUGAACGGCGUGAAGAUUCCUGGGAUUGUGCGUCUGCGGACAUUUGUGUGCAAGGCUGCGGGCGUCCUUUUCAGCGUGGCUGCAGGUCUGUUUGUAGGGAAGGAGGGUCCCAUGAUCCACAGUGGGGCCAUCGUGGGAGCUGGGCUUCCUCAGUUUCAGAGCAUCACUUUCAGGAGGAUCAAAUUUGAUUUCCCAUACUUUCGAAGCGACAGGGACAAGCGGGACUUCGUGUCGGCCGGAGCGGCUGCAGGAGUCGCCGCCGCCUUCGGCGCUCCGAUCGGAGGAACCCUGUUCAGUCUGGAGGAAGGUUCCUCCUUCUGGAACCAGGCCCUGACCUGGAAAGUGCUCUUCUGCUCCAUGUCGGCCACCUUCACCCUCAACUUCUUCCGUUCGGGGAUCAGCUUCAACAAGUGGGGCUCCUUCCAGCUGCCCGGCCUGCUCAACUUCGGAGAGUUUAAAUGCUCCGACGGAGAUAAGAACUGCCACCUGUGGACGGCGGUGGACCUGGCCUUCUUCGUCCUGAUGGGGGUGGUGGGCGGUCUGCUGGGCGCUCUCUUCAACUGCAUCAACAAGGCCAUCGCCAAGUACCGGCUGCGGCACAUCCACCCCAAGGCCAAGUUCAUCCGGCUUCUGGAGAGCCUCCUGAUCACCAUGGUGACCACGGUGGUGGUGUUUGCGGCCUCCAUCCUCCUGGGGGAAUGUCAGGAACUUUCUGCUCCGUCGGCUCGUAACGGCACGCCAACCGGCAGUGAGGACAUCAAUUCGACCGUUCGUCAAUACUUCUGCUCCAACAAGACCUACAACGACAUGGCGACGCUGUUCUUCAACCCGCAGGAGGCCGCCAUUCACCAGCUCUUCCACCAGGACGGGACCUUCAGCCCCGUCACCCUGUCCGUCUUCUUCCUCCUGUACUUCCUGCUGGCCUGCUGGACGUACGGCGUGUCCGUCCCCAGCGGCCUCUUCGUCCCCUCGCUGCUGUGCGGAGCCGCGUUCGGACGUCUGGUUGCAAACAUCCUCAAAGUGAAGCUGGGGAUGGACAUCUACUCCGGGACCUUCGCGCUGAUCGGGGCGGCGUCCUUCCUGGGCGGAGUGGUCCGCAUGACCAUCAGCCUGACCGUCAUCCUCAUCGAGUCCACCAAUGAGAUCACAUACGGACUCCCCAUCAUGAUCACGCUCAUGGUCGCCAAGUGGACCGGAGACUUCUUCAACAAGGGGAUCUACGACAUCCACAUCCAGCUGAGAGGAGUCCCCCUGCUGGAGUGGGAGACCGAGCUGGAGAUGGACAAGCUGACAGCCAGUGAUAUCAUGGAGCCCAACCUGACCUACGUCUACCCUCACACCCGGGUGCAGUCGCUGGUCUGCAUCCUGCGCACCACGGUGUACCACGCCUUCCCCGUGGUCACCGAGAACCGGCAGAACGAGCAGGACUUCAUGAAGGGCAACAUCCUCAUCAGCAACAACAUCCGCUACAAGAAGUCCAGCGUGGUUUCCCGAGCGGGCGAGCAGUGGCGCCGCUGCCAGUCCAUGAAGUCGUACCCGUCCAGCGAGCUGAGGAACGUCUGCGACGAGCAGAGCGCCAUGGCCAGGCCGGCCGAGGACGGCGAGGACAUGCUGCAGGUCAUGCUGGAGAGGAGGCAGGCUCCGUACCCGAACCUGUACCCGGACCAGUCCCCCAGCGAGGAGUGGACCAUGGAGGAGCGCUUCCGGCCGCUCACCUUCCACGGACUCAUCCUGCGCUCCCAGCUGGUCAACCUGCUGGUCCGAGGCGUCUGCUACGCAGAGAACCAGUCGAACGCCAUGCAGCCCAGGCUGUCGUACGCCGAGCUGACGGAGGACUACCCCCGGUACCCGGACAUCCACGACCUGGACCUGGCCCUGCUCAACCCCCGCAUGAUCGUGGACGUGACGCCCUACAUGAACUCCUGCCCCUACACCGUCUCCCCCAACACCCGCAUCUCGCAGGUCUUCAACCUGUUCCGGACCAUGGGCCUGCGGCACCUGCCCGUCAUCAACGCCACCGGAGAGAUCGUCGGAAUCAUCACGAGGCACAACCUGACCCACGAGUUCCUGCUGGCCAAACUGCGGCAGCACUACAUCACCAUCUGAGCCGCCAGCCGCGUCCUCGAACUCCGCAAAGGUCUCCGGUCCCAUACCGAAAUCCGACAAUAACUCUCUGCUUUACAGGACAUCUGAGGUCUGGAUUCAGUCUGAACAGAAAAGGAAGGAAAUGCUUUCUGUCGUCGCUUCAUUUCCCACAUCAGAGUUUAAUGAGAGGCGUCCUGACGCAGCGUCUGACCCUCCUCCUGGACCGGGCGCUUUACCGUGAUCGCAUGUAGACCGCAUCGGCCAGCAGCAAGCAUUUCCACGUGUAGUACUUUAUCAUGAUCCGUCACACUCACACACUCAUUAUUAUUAUUUAACUACCGAUUAAUGAUCAUUUUUCAUCUGACUUCAAAUGUUCUGAUGUCAAAACGCAGACGUUCGGUGAAACAGGGACACUUCAGUUUGACUUUGCUCUGGGGUGUGUGUGUGUGUGUGUGUGUGUGUGUGUGUGUGUGUGUGUGUGUGUGUGUGUGUGUGUGUGUGUGUGUGUGUGUGUGUGUGUGUGUGUGUGAGAAAGUCACCUCCUCACAUUGUCCUGCUCACAGACCAAAGUCAAACUUCACACCCAGCAUUCCUCUCUCCUCUCUCUUCCAGGACUUUUCUGUUCUUUCCAUCGUCACUGUUGCACUUUGGGGUGUGUUUUAAUUUGCGGUGUGAUUCCCGGGUUUUGAUGCACUAAAGCGGGCGGCCGGACCUCAGAGGAAGACUCUGCCGGCCGAUCACAAGGUUCUAAAGUUACUCUUCCACCGUUCUGCGCCGGUAACACGUCCAGUUCUCUGUUGUCUUUCAUCCUGGCGACUGUUAAAUUACUUUUAAUUUUGUUUUUGGUUCAGACUAAUCAGUUUUAGAAGAUUUAGAGUAAAAAUUCAUCUGCAGUCCCAGCUGUGUGUUUCUAAAGGUGUUCAGGUCUAAUCCUCUGGUACCUCAUUCCACUUAAUUUCCCUAAAUGUGAAUUGAAGUCAGUUUGUGGGUCUGAAGUCAUUUGUGUUGCUCAAAGAAACUGCAAAGAUGCAUAUCUGCACAGAAAAUGUCUGUUAAUAGUGUAUCAAUGUAAAGCAGAGCACAUUACCACUGUUGUGUGUAUUUAUUAUUUUUCUUGUAAUUAUUUCUCAGUUUCCGUCCUAAAUGUUGCCACAGAAGGGAACCUUGUAGCCAUGAACUAAAGCAGAAGCUUCUUUUAGAAGUUGAUUCCUCUUUUUUGUUAAUUUCCUGAAAUGUCGUUUCCAUUUCCAUAUGAGCUGAGACGGUCUUUCUGUGUUUAUAAUAUCCAGAGACGUUGAGUCCAGAGAGGGACGAUGGCUCGUCUCCACCUGCUCUCAAUAAAUCAACAGUUAAAGCUCAUUUUCAGAGAACAGAAUUGACAGAACUCGUGGCAUUUCAUCUGUAAUCCUCCAGCAGAGAGUUGGGCAUUCUGCUCACGGUUCACCUUCAAAGUAAAAGCCUGUGAGUCCUGUGGGAACAUACAAAUCGGCAUUAUUUAACAGUAACACGAUCUGAGCACAAGUCCCCGGUCCUGGACAUCGUCCUGUGAGACGAGCCCAUGAACCCCCUUUCUAACGGAGCCGGUAAAGCAGCCCCAGGCCAUGAUGCUGCCUCCACCGUGCUCCACCGUUUGGACGCUGUUUCAUGCAGUGGCGGAUUUUCAUCCCACUCAGAGCUUCAUGUUCUUCCCAAACUGUUCGGUCUUGGUUUGAUUUGUCCAGAAUUCCUGACACGAAGCCUGUUGGAUGUAAAGACGUUCCUCUCAUCACGUUUUGUGAACACCUGUUUGCACCUGUUUGUUCUGGUACUUUCCAUGAUUUGAACUCUUAAAUCAGCUGAACUCCUUCAGAGACGUUCCUUCUUCUAGUUGCUUCCUGUUUAAUUUAAAUAUAUUUUUUGCACAGUUUUAUUUUUUUAUGCUAUGUUUUUUGCCGUCUGUAAGAUAUUAAUUCAUUGGAAUCAUGUGAAUGCUUUUGCAAACGGACCAAAGCCGUCCGGGAUUUUAUUUGUUUCCAGUCUGGACAGUCUGACUGUUGUUAAGGGAAGUUGUUUCUUCUGACUGUUUCCUGUCAGACGAAGUGCAGAAUGUGAGAUUUAAAGCAGCCCCGCGGCGCCACACGUGGAAGGGUUUGGUCACCUGGUCGAAUGCCAGAUUUUCAGUUAAAGGAGCAGAGAGUCUGCUGUCUGUGCCUUUGUUUAAAUAAAGGUUUUAUGUUUCA